AUGAAGACCAUCCUUGUGCUUGCUGCCCUUGUGGCAGUGCUCUACGCUAAGACUUUCACGAUGGAGACCCGCUCCUCCGGAUCUCUUCGCGCUCAGCAGCAUUUGGCUCGCGCUCAGGUCCUUGCCUCGGGAUCGCAGCCAUUCAUCGACUACGCUGAUGACUUCUACCUCGGAAACACCCGCACCUUCUCCAUCCAGUACGGAUCUGGAUCAUGCAACGGUUACCUUGGAACUGAUACCAUCGGCUUUGGAGGACUCACCAUCAAAACACAGGAAUUCGGAGUUGCCACACAUCUUGCCGAUGUCUUCGGAUAUCAGCCAGUUGACGGUAUUCUUGGACUCGGAUGGCCAGCUCUUGCUGUUGACAAGCAUAUUUUUAAACCAAAACAAUACCUGAUGCUUAGAACCAUAUUUCUGGCUGUUGUCGCACAAUAUCUGAUUAAGGUUACUCCUCCCAUGCAAAACCUUCUUCCCCAACUUGAUCAGCCCCUAUUCACCGUAUGGAUGGACAGAAAGAAUUUUCAGCUAACCAUCAGCAACGGUGGAAACGCAGGCCUGAUUACCUAUGGAGCUAUCGACACCACAAACUGUCAGUCGCAGAUCAACUACGUCCCCCUUUCGGCUGAAACCUACUGGCAAUUCCCCAUUGCUGGAUUCUCCAUCGGAAGCUUCUCAGAGAGCAAGAAGGACCAGGUUAUCUCCGACACUGGUACCUCAUGGAUCGGAGCUCCAACCAGCGUUAUCAGCGGUGUUGUCAAGCAGACUGGCGCAAAGUACGACUUCGCCAACGAGCUCUACACUGUCGAUUGCUCAACCCAGAAGACCCAGCCCGACCUCAUCUUCACCAUCAAUGGUGUUAAAUACAACGUCCCCUCUGUAGAGUAUGUGCUCGACCUUGGGCUUGGUAACGGAAAGCGCGUACACAUUCAGUGCGCUUUGACCUUCUUCGGCAUGAACUCUGGCGGUUUCGGUCCAGCCUGGAUUCUUGGAGACACCUGGAUCCGCACCUACUGCAACAUCUACGACAUCGGCCAAAAGCGAAUUGGUUUCGCAAAGGCAAACCACUCCGGCCUCUAA